UGUGUUGUAAUUAAAAUCAAAGUAAAUUUUUGUUUUUGUAAUUAAAAAUCAAAAUCAAAAUCCAUUAUCAAUGCAUCUAUUUGCCGGUAGUUAUCUUUAUUGUCAACCAAAUAAAACAAUUCAUAAUAGUGAAGAUUAUCAACCAGUAUCAAUACCGAAUCAUGUACGUAAUAAUGCCCGAUUAUCAAGAAAUGAAGAACCACAAAUUGGUCGUUAUCGUUUACUUAAAACGAUUGGUAAAGGUAAUUUUGCUAAAGUUAAAUUGGCAAAACAUUUACCAACCGGAAAAGAAGUUGCUAUUAAAAUUAUUGAUAAAACACAAUUAAAUCAAUCAAGUCUUAACAAGCUAUUUCGUGAAGUACGCAUUAUGAAAAUGCUUGAUCAUCCAAAUAUUGUAAAAUUAUAUCAAGUAAUUGAAACGGAAAAAACAUUAUAUUUGGUUAUGGAAUAUGCAAGCGGAGGCGAAGUAUUUGAUUAUCUUGUAUCACAUGGUCGAAUGAAAGAAAAAGAAGCUCGAGCAAAAUUUCGACAGAUUGUUUCAGCUGUACAAUACUGCCAUCAAAAACGUAUCAUACAUCGUGAUCUAAAAGCAGAAAAUCUUUUAUUGGAUAGUGAAAUGAAUAUCAAAAUUGCUGAUUUUGGUUUUAGUAAUGAAUUUCAAUUGGGUGAAAAAUUGGAUACGUUUUGUGGUAGUCCACCUUAUGCUGCACCGGAAUUAUUUCAAGGAAAAAAAUAUGAUGGUCCCGAAGUUGAUGUUUGGAGUUUGGGAGUUAUUUUAUAUACACUAGUCAGUGGUUCACUUCCAUUUGAUGGCGCCAAUUUAAAAGAAUUGCGUGAUCGUGUACUUAGAGGAAAAUAUCGUAUACCAUUCUAUAUGACCACUGAUUGUGAAAAUUUAUUGAAAAAAUUUUUGGUAUUAAAUCCGGCCAAACGUGCUUCAUUAGAGACUAUUAUGAAAGAUAAAUGGAUGAAUAUGAAUUACGAAGAUGAUGAACUAAAGCCUUAUGUUGAACCGGAAAUAGAUUUAAGUGAUCAAAGACGUAUAGAUAUUUUAUGUCAAAUGGGUUAUUCAUUGGAUGAAAUUGAAGAUUCAUUACGGCAAAGAAAAUAUGAUGAAAUAAUGGCCAAUUAUUUAUUACUUGGAAAACGCACAACUGAGAAUGAACUAUGCGAUUCACGUUCAAGCUCAAGUCUUUCGUUACGCGGUAUACAUCAGAAAAAUGAUUAUAUCAUACCUAAUAGUCAUCAUUCUCAUCAUCAUCAUCAUUCACAUCAUCAUCAAUCACCAUCACAUGUUAAAGUUCAACGAUCGGUAUCGGCAACAACUAAGCCACGUCGUUUCAGUCACAGUAGUGAAAAUCAACAACAACAACAACAGCAACAACAAACCAAUAAUCAUCCCAGUACAUCCGGAGCAACAGGAACCGGACAACAAUUUACAACACCUACAGUGCCUCCCAUUCCGAAUAAUACCAGUGGUAGUAAUACGUAUAGUAGUGGUAGUAAACCACGUCCUAAUGUUUUAGAACAUGCAAUGACAAAUGCUAAAGAUUCUGUGAUUCAUUCAUUCAACAAAAAUAAUGGGGCAAAUCUUGCAUCAUCCAAUGCUGGAUCUUCGGGAACAACAACCAACAAUGCUAAUGGUGGUAUCCAGAAUAAUAAUUCUUCAAAUUCGUCCAACAAUCAAAAUACCGAUUCUACUGCAAUGAUUAAUGGUGGUGAUGAUGUUUUAUCGUCAUUGAAAUCACCAACUGGAACACAAGUUAGCACAUCGAAUGCAGUCAAUUAUAUAAACAGUGGUGGUCCUAGUAGCGGAAUUGGUGGCUCGAAUCGAACUCAAACAAUUAAAUCAUCCAUAAAUAAUUCAUCCAAUUCGGCCAUUGUAGGUUCAUCAUCAUCAUCAUCAUCCACAACAACAAAUCAGACCAUUUCGGAUACGAAUAAUACCCCAUCAACCACCAAAAAUAAUUCAAUGACAAACAAUUCAUCACCAUCAAAUUCUAUAAUUAGUCCAUCGAAAUUGAGCCAAUUAGGAACUGGUUCAUUAAGGCAAAAACCAUCAGCAUUGCCAACAUCAUUGCUCAAAAAUACAUUGAGUGGUAUUCCAAGACGGAAUACAACAUAUACCACCACCACUACUAAUACAACAAAUACAAAUAAUAGUUCAUCAUAUUCACCGACAAAUAAUUCAACAUUACAGCAAACACUACAAGAGAAAAGUGCUUCGAUUGAGAAGACAAUCGUCGAAAAUUCAAAUAUUUUGAACAUUGCUAAUUCAUCAUCAUCAUCAUCAAAUAAUAAUAAUACCGCCACGAACAACAAUAGUACAAAUAAUAAUAAUAAUGAUAAUAAUGCUUCAACAAAUGCUAAUAAUAAUAUCAAUCAAACAAAUAAUAAUCCUAUCGUAUCGACUACGACGACGACGACGACAAAGUCAACAAUCACAGGCAGUCGUUCGAAUAAUAAUUUGAUAAAUAAUAAUAAUAAUAAUAAUAAUAAUGAUAAUAUAAAAAAUGAAUCAAUUACAAAUACGAAUGGUCAAACAAAAGAUAAAGAUAAACAACAACAAUCAAAAGAUUCUAAUGAUUCAAAAUAUGUUAUGACUGCUUCAGCUUGUAGUGGUAAUGUUGGUGGUGGUGGUGAUGGAUCAUGUUCAUCAACUACCACAUUAACAUCUUCCUCAUCCUCGAAUCAAUUACGACCAAAAGGUCAUGCUAAAUCAGCAUCAGUUUCGGGCCGAUCUUAUAAUAAUGCUUAUGCUCCAGAAUUAUUACCAAUCGAUAGUAAUUCAGCAUUGUUGACCGAUACAAAUACAACACCACGUCCAAGCUCAUCAAAAAAUGCAUUAACACCGAUACAAAAUAUUAAUCGUGCAUUUCCAAGAGGAACAGUCAAUCGUAGUACGUUUCAUAGUGGUCAAACACGUGAAAGAUGGCCACCAUUUGUACAGCCAUUAAGUGCAACACAAGAUACAUCAAAUAUGAAUCGUCAGUCAUUCUUUAGUAAACUUUCCUCAAAAUUUAGUAAAAGAACGAUGAACGAUGAUCAAACAAAACCAAGAUCUUUAAGGUUUACUUGGAGUAUGAAAACAACUUCAUCACGUGAUCCGAAUGAAAUAAUGGCUGAAAUUCGUAAAGUUCUUGAUAAAAAUAAUUGUGACUAUGAACAAAGAGAAAAAUUUCUAUUACUUUGUAUACAUGGUGAUCCAUACACUGAUUCAUUAGUACAAUGGGAAAUUGAAGUCUGUAAAUUACCAAGACUUUCGUUGAAUGGAAUACGUUUUAAACGAAUUUCCGGUACAUCAAUCGGAUUUAAAAAUAUUGCUUCUAAGAUAACCAGUGAACUUAAGUUAUGACUGGGUGCCGAUGUAGAGUUGGUCGAAGAAGAUUUUAGUGGUCAGCAAAAAUGUUCCCCACAAAAUAUUGCUGUUGUUUUGGUUGAAAAUGAUGACAA